AUGUUUAAUGACCUGAAAAACAUUUACCCUGUGGUGUUCGAGAGCCGCACAGGCUUAACGUUUGAACCAAGCCUUAUAUUUUUUGGAGAGACUUUGACUGUGACGUGUGGCCCACCACCAAAUGAGCUAGACUUUCGUAUCACUUCAUCAGAGUGGAGACUUGAUGGUGUCGUAAUAAAUGAAGAUAAUCAACACAGCUUUUCACGAGAAAAUGGAGUCGAAAGACUUACCAUCAGAAAUUACUUUUUCACUGAUGAUGGACUCUACGAAUGUAGGCUCUUUGAUGGAGAAUCCGUUUACCAGAGUAGCUCUGUUGAACGUUUCUUAAUUCAGGAAACACCCAGAAUCAAUGUAGUUCCCCUCCAGAGAAAUCUCAUGUGUGAGGUUGGGCAGCAAGUAUCGGUCCGGUGCUCUGUCCAAGCUCCCUACCAGGUGAUGUUUGGAGGACUCCCAGGAGAAGAGGUAGGAAUUCAGUUGAAGAAGACAAUAACACAGACAGACUGUGAUAACCAAGGAUUAAAUAUAACUUGUGAAGUGAAUGAUUUCCCUCAAUUCAGAAGAAAUACAACAUUUUUGUUGUUCACAGCUCCUAAUUUCACAUGCUUUGAUGAUCCUGAUUUUGGAAAUGGAUUUUUAAAUGAAGUGGGUAGAGCUUCUUGUGGACCAAAUGAGGUGGGAGAAAAAAAUGCUAUUUGCCGAGAAAGUGGAGAAUGGGAAGAUCGGGAUGACAGCUGCACUCUUCAGAUCUUUGUGGAACUACUUUUUCAAUCUCAGUUUUUGAAUGAAACCUUUUUGCCAGAGUUUCUGGAAGCACUGAGUAAUGCCACAACAACACUGAGUGAGCAAGUGACUGAAUCUCAAAACAACAUUGAAACCAUCGUUAGAAUUCUUGACAAUGUAGCAACCUUUGUAACGACAUCAGAAAUUGAGAUAACUCAGGAGUCAAUGGAGGAUGUCCUUUUAACCACAGGUGUCCUUACCCAAGAUAGUGCAAUAGAAGCAUGGGACGCUCUUAACCGUGAAGCUGUCAUCGAAAUCUUGGGAGAAAGAACCCUCUCUCCUAGAAAUGAGAGUCUUAGCUCACUAUUGCUAUUUUCUCUUGAGGGUAUAACAAGUGCACUGACCAACGCUUCUUUUACCAUCGAAACACCGUUGAUUCUCUUGAACAAAACUACAUUCAUAGACAGUUUCAAUGGGGAUUUUAAUUCUACAGUCGAGAUAGAAAUACAGGAGGCUAAUGGAGCAACAAACCUCACCGUAAUAACCUUUGAAUCCUUGGAUAAUGUACUUCCUCCAAGAGAUGAAAACAACGCUUCAGGCAGGGUCAUUAAUGGGAGAGUCGUACUUGUUCAGUCUGACUCCAACAUAGACAACAUUACAUUUAGCUUUGACGUCAUAAAUGAGAAUCUGACAAGACCUCAGUGUGUGUUUUGGAACUUUACCCUGUUCGAAGGUCUUGGAGGAUGGGACGAUGAAGGUUGUGAACUGGUUGUAAGGGAGAAUGAUACGGUUACGUGUCAGUGUGACCAUUUGACCUCAUUUUCAAUACUAAUGUCACCUAAUGCAAUACAAAGCAUUGUGUUGGAUUUCAUAACAUACAUUGGGGUCGGCAUUUCCAUUUUGUCUUUAAUUAUAUGCCUAUGCAUUGAGGCUGCUAUCUGGAGAAAAGUUAUCAAGAGCAGUACAGCACACUUACGGCAUAUUUGCAUUGUUAACAUUGCAUUGUCCCUCCUCAUUGCAAACAUUUGGUUCAUUGUCGGUGCAGGUGUCUCUGCAGGAAAUAGAAGCAAUGCAAGGACAUGCACUGCUGUUACCUUUUUUAUCCAUCUCUUUUACUUAGCCCUCUUUUUUUGGAUGUUAAAUUAUGGCUUGUUGCUGUUUUAUUACACAGUCUUUGUCUUUGGAAGCCUUUCGAAAAUAACUUUGUUGGCUGUUGGAUUCUGUGUUGGCUAUGGGGCCCCACUGAUUAUCACAACGAUUACUAUAGCCGUAACUGCACCGGUUAACGAAUAUAUUCAGGAAACUGCAGUAUGCUGGCUCAACUGGAAUAGGUCCAGAGCGCUGCUGGCAUUUGUGGUUCCGGCAUUGCUGAUUGUGUUUAUAAAUGUUAUCAUCCUAAUUGUAGUUAUAGCUAAACUACUGAGGAGUCGAGGAAGGGCAAGUACUGUGGUAGGGGAUGAGAAGAAUGUCAUUGCGGACCUUGCUCGGACAGUGGCCCUUCUAACACCAUUUUUUGGAAUAACGUGGAGUCUUGGAGUGGGAACACUACUUGACCCUGACAAUCUUGGACUACAUGCUACGUUUGCCCUCUUUAAUUCUCUACAGGGUUUCUUCAUAUUGGUUUUUGGAACGCUCUUGGACAGUAAGGUCCGGUCAGAAAUUUCUAAAGUCAUACCUCAAACCUCUGUCAGUGGGACAAGAACUACCAGUUCUGGAAACUCAAGUAGCUGGCAGUUUUGGAAGAAAAAAGGCAGUAACAACCACUCAUCUAACGUCACUGAUUCAUCUCGUGUUCCUAGCGCUUAA